GUGAUAAAUCUAGUUCCGCAUUCCAUGGAAUCAACCAACUUAAAAGCAUUGAGUAUUGCUAUUUGCGUUGGAUUUCAGUAUCAAAUAUAGUAUACGCUGAUCGAUCUCCAUAGAUUGAUAUCUGAUCACGGGAUUUAUCCAAUUAUAAACGUCGCCUCUGAAAUCAAGUGUCUCCCGUGGGACCACCCCCUUUCCUUUCUCAUCGGGAGCGCGGCAUUGGAAAGAGAGGCGCCGUGCCCGCGCUUUACGUGUCUGGUUCGUGUACUGACAGCCAGCUGUGCGAUUAGAACGACAACAAUCUCCCGGAUUUGAUAAAUCCAUCCGUCAAACUCGACACGUAUUGUUUGGGAAGAACACUUUUACUUGACAAAUAUUUUUUUUAAUCGUUUAAUUUAUCCAACUAGACAGCAUUCCUCAAACAUGAAUCCGUCGUGUGGCAGAUGUGGCACAAUCGUGUACCCCACGGAAAAAGUGAAUUGUCUGGACAAGUACUGGCACAAAGGAUGCUUCAGCUGUGAGAUCUGCAAAAUGACUCUAAACAUGAAGAAUUACAAAGGCUUUGAAAAGAGACCUUACUGCAAUGCACACUACCCCAAGACAAACUUUACCUGCGUGGCCGACACUCCCGAGAACCUCCGCCUCAAACAGCAGAGCAAGAUGCAGAGCCAGGUGCAGUACAAGGAGGAGUUUGAGAAGAACAAAGGGAAAGGUUUCAGUGCCGUGGCCGACACGCCAGAGAUGCAGAGAAUCAAGAAAACACAGGACCAUAUCAGCAACAUUAAGUACCAUGAGGAGUUUGAGAAGAACAGGAUGGGAGGAGAAAUCCCAUCUCCCCAGCCCAACAGCCCCAAUCCAGUGUUCCAGCAGCCCCACCAGCCCCCUGCUGCGUCUAAGAACUACAGCUAUGAGCCAGCAGCGGCUCCUGGACCAGUCCGCCAGGCGGCCGCCGCCCCCCCUCCCAGCUCCGGGAAGCGGUACCAGGCGGUGUAUGACUAUGCGGCAGCUGACGAAGACGAGGUGGGCUUCCUGGAAGGAGACGUGAUCGUGGACGCGCAGGUGAUCGACGAGGGCUGGAUGUACGGCCGUGUGGAGCGCACUGGCCAGCAGGGCAUGCUGCCUGCUAACUAUGUAGAGGCCAUCUGAUCUGAGAAAGAGAAGUGAGGGAGGGAGGGAGGGAGAGAAGCAAGUGAAAAGCCCAGUGCCAUCUCAUCUUAAUGCCGCUUUCUAUUUCUUUCACUCGUUCUCUGAUCUGUCCUGUAAGAACCCCCCUGGUGUACCCCUGGUCUGCUCUCCUCCAACGACAGACUCUCUGUCUGUCUGUGCUGCAGUCUGUCUGUCUGUUUGUCUGCCUGUCUCUGUCCCAAUUCUUCGGUCCACUAAAAAAGCAGUCACAAGUGGAAUUUAAGUCUUAGAGAAGUAACAUACCUCCAUCUUACAGGCUAUAUAUACGUCAGGGGUCAUAGUGUAUCACAACUAUCCUAGCUACAGCACUUCAUAUUCCAGCAAACUAUGAUGCAAAACGUUAUCAACCCCCCUCUUGUCAAUCAAGUUGCCAUGACAGCAAAGAACUGAGGCCAAUGUGGUCAUGAGAAAAUGAGUUUGGAAUGUGGGGGUGUGGCAUCUUCAGAAGUUUGUUUUUUGUUUUUGAAACUGUUUGAAAUUGGCCUGACUGGAAGCUCAGUGUAGAAUCUUACUGUAUCUGGGCAGUUAGAACUAAGCUUGAAUAUUUGACUUGUGUACAUUCCAUUAACCCCAUUGAUGUCGCAUCAGCCAGUCAGUGAGCAGUCUACAGUAUCAGUCUUACCAGAGAGGUCUUAUAUAUUUCUAUAACUACACGUACGCAUUUAUCAAUAGUACUUAUCUGUUACCUCACCUGUCUUACCCUGUUCUGCACUGCAUUGUGGGUAUUGUUCAGAAACUAAACUGUGGGUAUUGUUCAGAAACUAAACUGGAAUCCUAUCUUAACUGAAGAGCACCUCCUGCCUUGCCUUGUACCUCAAGUUCAGGCAUUUGAAGUACAGGAGGGAUCAGGGACGAGUUAGUUAGGGGACGUGGUUACAAUCUUCUUACGAUCAUGUCAUCACCUUUAGUCAGUGGGUGUGAAGAUGUUCUCCCGCUCGCAGCCUCAAACGCCUUCCGACAGUCUUACAGGAAGCUGAGUGACGUGGUGGUUAUGGUUGGAGGGGGUCUGGGGAGGAGAGAGGGGGCGGGAUCAGGCCAGGCUCUGCCCCUAUUCCAAGAUCUGAGUUUAUCAAUCGUAAGCGCGAAGGCCAAAUACAAUUCUCAAAACAAUUCUGUAUCGUUAAUCUUUUUUCUUUUUUUCACUUGUUUUGUUAUUAAACAUUCCAAUCCUUUAUGAGAAGUGUUGAACUGAGGUCAGGAAUCCAGGCUGUGGUAAAUGUUAGUGUUUCUAUUUCCUAUCAUGCUGUUUUCUUUCCCUUUGCUUUUGUUGGUAUUGCAAGAGGCUUAUUUUAAAAAUGUCAAUGUAUCAAAUACCUUUCAGAAAUAAAACGGCAACUCGAUUUAUGAACCAAUAAGGCACGCUAGUUUGUCUAGACCUGUGCGUAUGCUGGGUUAGCAAUCUCACAGAUUUAGAUCCACGGGGUAAAUCAACCAUCAACCUCCUGGGUUAUGUAUUUGCCUGAUAAUUCAUCAACCCAAUUUGCCUGUUUUUUUUUAUUUAUUUUUUUAUUGUGCCAACUCGUGACUGGACUAUCUCGCCCAGUUCUCUUUUCCAUGAAACUCUGAAGAGUGGAGAGCGAUGUUCUGGAGUGCCACUGGCUCAUGAAUAUUCACAUGCUCAUUAAUGAGCAGUCGUCAUGGCGUAUAGUAACAUUAGGCCCGCUCCCUCACCCGCAUUCUAGAUAUUCUCUGACAUUCUAUAGGCACACAUUUCCAUAGGACAUUCCCUACCUAUAUAGUGGCACGCCUGUGUUAGUGUUGCACACACACAACUGAGAAAUGUUACGCAACAAUGUGUCAACUUUCAUAGUAGUAGCUACGAGAUCUGUCUGGGUGUCCUCUCACGGGCAGAUUCUUCCAGUUCCGAUCGUUCUACGUUCCAUGUCCUGAGGGACCGCGUGAGGCUUGGAGAGGGACGCGGUUCAGUAGAGGGGGAACUCCACCUCCUCCUUGACCUCUUACUUCUCUUAUCUCUCCCAUCCUACUGUUUCUUUUCUCUGAUGCACUGUGACUGUCACAGACGAGGGUGACACAAUGGGAUUAAAAGUCUUGUUCAGCUUUAUAAAAACAAAACAGUACUCUCACCGUGUAGCCUGAUGGUGGUGUUGUACAGUUGUUGUAGGUCAUUUUGCUGGGGAAGGAAGGGGCUUUGCCUGCAGACUAAAGCUGUAGUGUGGAAUGAUUUUGAUCUAAUGAGGUAAGGGGCAGUAUAAAGGGUAAACGGCACCCGUUUUAAUACCAGUGUGGUGGGACGUGUUGGACAACAAGUAGGUGUUGACCGUUCAUAUCAUUUUGGCUUCAACUUUGUAGUGUGAUGAGUUAUAACAAUGAUGUUUAAAUGAAUUAGAAUGAACACACCUCAACCCGACUAGAUAAUCAGAUUGCCGUGCUGAUAAAAAAGGUAAGUCUAGGCUGGCAUUUAGCAUCUAUGAUCUCUACUUGACAACUGGACAUUUUUAAACUCGUACACUGUAGGAAGGGCAGUUUUGGGGCAGAGCUAUUGGAAGUCUCAUUUGCUUUGCUGCAGUAACUGUAGAAAGGGUGAGGAAGAGGUGGUUUGGCUUGAAGUGAAUGUAGUGUUCUUGGGAGUUUUUAUGAAUUUGAUUGGCCUUGUACAGUAUCUGCAGUCAAUGCCUCUCAAAAGAAACUUGCCUUGGCUACUUGGUGUGUUUUACAGAUGGGGAAUAAACCAAGCCCAUGUUGGCUACCACAGUUUUUCCUUUGCAGUGAUGUGGAUUUCUUUUAGUUGCUGGGUGGAUUUAGGAGGGAGGUGAAUGAUGGUGGUAGUUGGAGGGAAACCAAUCCAAAGUGGCUAAAGACGAGCCAAUGGUGUUUUUGUGUGACUUGAGUGAUGCUAGACCACAGUGGCAAGGCGUAGACGUUUUUUAUUGUACCAUGUUAUAGUCUGUAUUGAGCUAGGAAAGGGAUGCUGUUAACACACUACUACCCCCAACCAGGAGGGCGGUGGUGGUAAGGAAAGACUUGGAAUCUGUCAGGAGACCAAUAUUCUCUUCUGCUUUGGUAUCGCUCCUACAACUCUGCAGUAUCUCAUAUCAUCACCUUGUUCUCCUCGCCCAAUGUAUGUGGUCAUAUCAGUCCUAUGGCCAAGAGUCCUCCAACCUUCAACCCCAAUUAAAGACUCCUAUGUUUCUGAUGAAUCAAUCAUUCCCUGCUUUUGUAUGAUACUGGUAUAGAAAGUGCAGAUAUAUAAAUCACAUCAACCAACCACAAACACUGACCUAGCAUUCAGACCGAUGUUGUGCAUUCCAUCAAACAAUGAUUUUGUUUUGAUAGCAUUUGUUAUUCCGAUUUUUUUUUGACAUGCAUAUAUUGACAUUCUUAAAACAAAAUCAGACUCCAGUUGAAUUUUAAGGAACUGAUAAAAGCGUCUCAUGUUGCCCUGUUUCAGCACUUCGAAUUGUACUUAAAGAUUCUACAGAUUCAAUAAAAUGUCAUUUUUA